AUGAUUUCUUUCGCCUUUGGAUCCAAUCGCGAGGUCUCGAUGAUGGCUACGAAUGACUUGAGAUCAGUUUCGAAGUCUUCAGCUGUUGUCUCAAACUCGUCAACUCGUGUCUCAUUGAAAGCAUCUCUCGCUGACAGUCGACCCAAAUGUCGGUCAACCGGAUGUCCAGCGGCUUCAUCACGAGUGAAGACAUGGAGUGAUGACUUGAUCCACACUUUAAGACAUUUAACAAAACCAGAGAUUUAA